UUCUCUCAAGUUCAGAAGCAGCCUGCCAGGCACUGGAGCCCAAAUGAAGCCCCCAGGACCUGCCCGCGUCGGUGCCAUUGUGCUGGUUUUGCUCUCGCUGCUGGCUGUGCUCCAGACCACCUGUGCCCAAAAGAAUGCCAUCGACAUCUACAGCCUCACUGUGGACUCCAGGGUCUCCUCCCGGUUUGCCCACACGGUCAUCACCAGCAGGGUGGUCAACAGAGCGGAUUCCAUACAGGAGGCCACCUUCCAGAUGGAGCUGCCCAAGAAAGCCUUCAUCACCAACUUCUCCAUGAUCAUCGACGGUGUGACGUACCCAGGGAACAUCAAGCAGAAGGAUGCAGCCCAGCAGCAGUACAGUGCGGCCGUGGCCAGGGGGGAGAGCGCUGGCCUAGUCAAGGCCACUGGGAGAAAGAUGGAGCAGUUCCAGGUGUCGGUGAGUGUGGCCCCCGCUGCCAAGGUCACCUUCGAGCUGGUGUACGAGGAGUUGCUCAUGCGGCGCCUGGGAGUGUAUGAGCUGCUGCUGAAAGUGCAGCCCCAGCAGCUGGUCAAGCACCUGCAGAUGGACAUUCACAUCUUUGAGCCUCAGGGCAUCAGCUUUCUGGAGACAGAGAGCACCUUCAUGACCAAUGAGCUUGCAGACGCCCUCACCGUCUCACAGAACCAGACCAAGGCUCACAUCCGAUUCAAGCCGACGCUCUCCCAGCAACAGAAGCCUGCAGGGCAACAGGACACAGUCGUGGAUGGCGACUUCAUCAUCCGCUAUGAUGUGAACCGCACCCUCUCUGGAGGCUCCAUUCAGAUCGAGAAUGGCUACUUUGUGCACUACUUUGCCCCCGAGGGUCUCUCCACGAUACCCAAGAAUGUGAUCUUCGUCAUCGACACGAGUGGCUCCAUGAUGGGCAAGAAAAUCCAGCAGACGCGGGAAGCCCUCAUCAAGAUCCUAGAGGACCUCAGGCCCGAAGACCACUUCAACCUCAUUAGCUUCAGCAGUGAAGCAAGCCAGUGGAAGCCAUUGCUGGUGCCAGCUUCCACCCAGAACGUGGAGGAGGCCAAGAAAUACGCUAACAGCAUCCAGGCCCGGGGAGGAACCAAUAUCAAUAAUGCAAUGCUGAUGGCCGUGCAGCUGCUGGACACAGCCACCCGGGAGGAGCAGCUGCCCUUAGGGAGCGUCUCCCUCCUCCUCCUCCUCACUGAUGGCGACCCCACUGUAGGCGAGACCAACCCCAAGAAGAUCCAGAAGAAUGUGAAGGAGGCCAUAGGCGGUCAGUACAGCCUCUUCUGCCUGGGCUUUGGCUUCGACGUCAGCUACGCCUUCCUGGAGAAGCUGGCGCUGGACAACGGCGGCCUGGCUCGGCGCAUCUACGAGGACUCGGACUCUGCCCUGCAGCUGCAGGACUUCUACCAGGAGGUGGCCAACCCCCUGCUGACCACAGUGUCCUUCGAGUACCCAGGCAAUGCCGUGGAGGAGGUCACGCAGGACAACUUCCCGCUGUUCUUCAAGGGCUCUGAGAUGGUGGUGGCCGGGAAGCUCCGGGCCCAGAGCCCUGAUGUGCUCUCAGCCACAGUCAGCGGGCAGCUGCCCACGGAGAACAUCACCUUCCAAAUGGAGUCCCAGGUGGCAAAGCAGGAAGAGGAGUUUCAAAAGCCCAAGUACAUCUUCCACGGCUUCAUGGAGAGACUCUGGGCGUACCUGACCAUCCACCAACUCCUGGAGCGAAUGGUUUCCACAUCCGAUGCUGAAAAGCAGGCCCUGGAGACCCAAGCUCUGGGCUUGUCGCUCAACUAUAGCUUUGUCACCCCCCUCACGUCCAUGGUGGUCACCAAACCUGAAGGCCAAGAACAGUCUCAAGUUGCUGAGAAGCCCGUGGAAAAUGGAAAGGUUGCCUCAGGUCGCACUGUCUUCAGACAUAGAGCCAUGGGACACAAACGGCCCAGAUUACCAGGUGGAGUUGCCUUGCACGAUGGAGGUCAUGACGUGCCCAACAGGAAAUCUGGACGAUCUGGACCUCUUAUUCCUUUUUAUGAGAAGCUCAUGUCUGAGAGAAAUCCGGAUGUGGGGCUACUGAGCGGGAUAGUGGGUGAUUACCUGGAUGAAACAAUGGAAGAAACAAGCCCAACAGCCCCACCACCAGCCCCCAUCCAGGCUCCGACCUUCAUCCUGCCUCUGCCUGGGCAGAGCGUGGACCAGCUCUGUGUGGACAUCAAGAGCACCCCGGGGCCAUUAUUACUCCUGCUCUCAGACCCUGACCAAGGUCUCGAGGUGACUGGCGAGUAUAAGAUGGAGAAGGCCCAGUUCUCAUGGAUCGAGGUGACUUUCAAGAAUCCCCAGCUGCAGGUCCACGUGUCCCCUGAGCACGUGGUAGUGACUAGGGACCGAAGAAGCUCUCAGUACAAAUGGAAGGAGACGCUGUUCAUGGUGAUGCCUGGCCUCAAGAUGACCAUGGACAAGGCGGGGCUCCUGCUGUUCAGCAGCCCAGACAGAGUGACCAUCGGCCUGCUGUCCUGGGACGGCCCUGGGCAGGGGCUUCGGCUGCUCCUGCGGGACACUGACCGCUUCUCCAGCCACGUCGGCGGCCUCCUUGGCCGCUUUUACCAGGGCGUUGCCUGGGGGCCCCCAGAUGCCACAGAUGACAGCAAGCGAACACUGUGGACUCGUGGGUUUGAGUUCAAUGCCACCAGAAAGCUCAAGCUGGAUUACCAAGAGGGGACCCCGGGAACAGAGCUUUCCUGCUGGUCUAUCGAGCUCUGAUUCUGAUGGCAGGAGUUAUACCCACUCGCCCACCCCCUGCGACCGCACCGUGUGCAGAUGGCUUCAUCUUGUGACCACAGCUACCUGUGGGGGCUCGACCACGAUGGGCAGGGGAGUUCCACUUAUUACAAAUAAAGGCAGGUAUUUUAAACUCA